AUGGCAGGGGAAUACGUCCCGUUAACCCCGGGAGAAGCCGCAUCAGGCCUUCUCGGCUCGAUCUCGUUAACAUGUUGGAUUUUUCUGCUGGUCCCCCAGCUGAUUGAAAACUACCGUAACGGCAACGCAGAAGCCAUCUCCCUCCUCUUCCUCUUCGUCUGGUUCGUCGGCGACGUCACAAACCUCGCCGGCAGCGCCUGGGCCGGCCUUGUCCCAGUAAUUAUCGCAAUCGCAGUAUACUUUUGUCUCGCGGACGGUGUCCUCAUCGGCCAAUGCCUCUACUACCGCGCUCGAAAUGCGCGCGCUGCGGCGCUGCUCGCUCGGAAUUCUUCGUUUGCCACUCCUGAACCCACGACCCCAUUGUUAGGACGGAGAUUCAGUGAUUCGCUCCCUGAGGGUGGUCGCCGGCGGAGAGGCUCGUGCGCGUCCUAUACUGCCACGGCUAACGACCAAGGGCAAGGCCCGGAUAAUACGCUUGCGAAACUGGUCGAGGAGAACAGGUUUGGGAAAGGCGCAUUGAUGAAGAACAUAAGCAGCGUAUUGGCUAUCUGUGUCAUUGGAAUGGCAGGAUGGACUGUUGCUUGGCAGACUGGCGUAUGGAAGCCUGCGCCGCUCGACAGUGGAAAUGGAGGCGUCGAUAUGGCGCCUGGAGCGCAGGUUUUGGGGUAUAUCAGCGCAGUCUGUUACCUUGGGGCACGACUUCCCCAGAUUUAUAAAAACUACUGUGAUAAGUCCUGCGAAGGACUGUCGCUCUUGUUUUUCAUUUUGUCGCUUUUGGGAAAUUUGACUUAUGGUGCCGGGAUUCUUUGUCACUCGACCGAGAAGAACUAUUUCAUUACGAACUUGCCUUGGCUCAUUGGCUCCCUGGGUACAAUGGUUGAGGAUGUCAUGAUUUUCGCACAGUUCCGCAUGUACGCGGUUGUGGAUUCAGAUGCUGCAGUUGCUUGA